AUGCCUUCCACUUCGUCUGGUCGCAUCACAAAGUCCCAUAAGGGCAAGUAUUCGACUCCCCACCAAAAGAACCACCGGUGGGAGUCUUUUGCUGCCAAGAUCUCGAAACUCAACGCGCUCGAUCCCCUGCGAAAAGUCCGCCGACACGACCUCGAUGCCGAAGAUCUCGAAGCCACGACCUCCUACUUUCGCAACGGCCUUCAAAGAUGGGGAGAGCUCAACAUAUCCAAGGGCUUCAACGACUUCAAAAGGCAGGCUUUGCCCUUGAGCGAGAGUCUUGCCCAGAUUCUGCACUUCGAGGAGAAGAUCUUUGGCUUGCUAGAGGAAUCGCUGGCGAAACAAGAUAAGGAGGCGCUGGAGCCGCUGCUAGAGCUCCUCACGGCCUUCGCACAUGAUAUCGGUACACGCUUCGAGAAGUACUAUGCUAAGUCUCUACAUCUCAUCGUCGCCAUUGCCGGAAAGCCCCAAGACGUCGACGUUAUCGAAUGGACCUUCGCUGCCCUUGCUUUUCUCUUCAAAUAUCUGUCGAGGCUCAUAGUGCCUGACCUGCGGCCAACCUACGAUGUUGUGGCACCGCUCCUGGGAAAGGCCCGCCACCCCCCUCACAUUGCUCGUUUCGCCGCAGAGGCUAUGAGCUUUCUAAUCAAGAAGGCCGCUGCGCCAGCAAACCGAGAGACCGCUCUCGUUACGAUCGUCAGCCACGCCAGAGAUGACCUUCGGACCAUGGUCGGCGAACGCCAAUUCCAACUAUAUCAAGACGGUCUCAUGACCAUGUUUGCCGAGGCGAUGAAAGGCCCUGGUCAGACCAUCCACUCGACCGGCCCGGCCGUUUUCACGGCUCUAAUGCAGGCGAUACCCGAGACGGAAGCAGAUCUCACACCCACCAUGACCUGGACUGAUCUAGUUUGCGGUGUGUUAACUAGCGUCACUCACCACUCCAACGACAAGGACCUUGCUCCUGUUCUCGAGGCGAUGCAGGGUCAAGUGCAGGGGGCCUUGAGCGGGCCAAAGCCGAACAAGACAUGGAAGUUUGUGCCACAGGUCAGGGUAAUUGGCACAGCCGCCGGUGUCCGACACGGAAAUCGAAUCAGCAACUGGACCACCUUGGUCGAGAACCUUACCGCGAUGUUGGACUCAAUGGCACAACACUCCCCCGAGGCGACGGAGGACAAGCUUGGUCUGGUGUGGAGACAUGUGAUUGUCAACGCUGCCAUUGUUUGGCACCAAGCGCCAAUCGAGGCCCUGAUUCCAUCCAUCAAGGACUUCAUGACUGCUCUUCAGAGGGAGCGCCUCAUGAGAUGGUACAUCCCUUUCUGUGCCUAUUUCUCAAACCUCGAUUCCACCCGGUUCCGAAGUCUCUUCCAGACGUAUUUCCAGAGAUUUAUAGUCAGCCAUUGGUCCGACGGCCGCAACGAAGACAUGCUGUGCGUCUUCCUGCCGCGCAUGGUCCAAAAUGGCAGUUUGCCUUCGCCCGGAGGCAAGGAGACAUGCAAUCUUCCGCGCAGCUGGCAGGACCAGAUCGUGUCCAAGUUUGAGCGUCUCGAGGCAUCCCCGUUCCCUGAACGCGGUGCAUACGAUAAGGACCCUCAGACGUGGCGCGACAGGUGCUUGCCAAAAUACUCAGCGCUGCUGGACCUGUUGUUCUCUACGACUGUCCAUCCCUCGGCCAGCGCCAAGAUUGCGGAGCUUCUGCUUCGGAAGCUGAGGCUUGCCCUCAAGCCAUCAUCGACGCUGGCGUCCGACGAGGUGCACUUCAGCAUCAGCCAAGGGUUUCACGCGUAUCUGCGCAUGAGCAGAGCAGCAGGCCCUGUAGACCCUGCGUUGAACCCGCUUCUCCGGGCUGCUUUGCCUAGGUUCAGCCGCUCAGUAGGCUUCUUGGAAGCGUACCUUACUUAUACCGAGGCCACAAAGAGCCAGCCCCCGCUCGCCGACCACCAAAGUAGCGAUAGCAGCGAGGGCUCCGAAGAGGAUCCAGUCGUCCAGGCGCUCAUUGAAAACCUUUCGGCUCCUUCCCACCAGCUUCGCCUUGCAUCUCUCAAGAUUCUUCAGCAGUUUGAAUCAACUCCGGACGAGCUCCAGUGCCAUACCCUCAUGCUGGAUAUCGAACACACGGCCAUGGAUUUGUCCAGCCUGAGAAACGUUGCCAUGCACCUUCGCAAACUCGGCCAAAACUACUCACAGUUGAAAGAGAAUUCGUGGCUCAUCAAGGCAAUCCCCUCCUUCAUGUUCGGCAUGUUGACAAUUAAACUGUCGCCUCUGUGGGACGACACGAUCACUGCACUCAAGCUUGUUGGCGAAUCCAAGAAGGGAGAGGAGAACAUCACUGCAACUGCCUUCAACUGGCUGGAGACACCAUCUCCGAGGUGGUCUGGGCCAGGUAGCCAGCCCACGCUCCAGAACCGCCAAGCGAUGACCGACUUUGACUGCCGACACGUGCAACAGCUCUGGGACAUGGCAGGUCAUGUUGAAGAGGUGGUGAACAACGCCACCGACCUCAUGCUCAAGACGUUCGACGAGCAACAGCAGACAGUUGAAGCUCACGCCGACACUGCGCGUGCGCAGGCUUUGAAGGUCCUCACCGCCAUGCCUCACUUCGCAGAGAAGCGUUCUCGCAAGCUCGUGCCGUUUUUCCUGGCGUGGGCCGGUGACGAUGAAGAUUUAUCCGACAGCCAAGAGGACGAAGACGUCCCGACCAAGGGCGAGGAUUGGUCACUUCAGGAUCGUAAAGCGCUCAUUGGUGUCUUCGCCCUCUUCAUCAACCCUAAAGUGCUUUAUCAGAAUGAGAGAGUCUACCACGCCCUUCUCCAUCUCAUGGAGAACGGUGACGUGGAAGUACAGAAGCUGGCUCUGAAGGCCAUUCUCGCAUGGAAGCAGGAGGGCGUUCGCCCUUACCAAGAAAACUUGGAGUACCUACUCGACGAGGCCAGGUUCAAAAACGAAGUCACCGUUUUCCUCCAGGGAGAGUCAGCCAUCCGACCCGAGCACCGGGAGGAGCUGAUGCCUGUCCUCCUCAGACUCUUGUACGGACGAACCAUUUCGAAGAAGGGUGUUGCUAGUGGUCGUCAUGGCCUGCAAGCUACCCGUCUGACCGUCCUGAGAAACCUCAGCGUGGAAGACACCGGAAGCUUUCUGGAUAUCGCCAUUGGUGGUCUCAAGGAUGCGCGCGUCAUCGACGAGUCCGGCUUCCGCGCCAGCUUGUUUGAUAAGGAGAUCCUCCCUGUCCGCAAACAACUUGGUUUCAUGAACAUGAUGCUACCCCUGAUCAACGAACUGGGCGCACACGUCGGCCCUUACACCGAGAAGCUCAUUCACCCUGUUAUGUACUGUCUCAUCUUUGCUUGCCGACGGCUCAGAGAGUCGGCCGCCGAGUCGGACGAAGAGGCUGAAGAACCGAACGAUGUCUCGCAAGAUUCCAUGCUGAAGGUUAUCCGCACCACUGGUCUGAAAUGCUUGAUCACCCUGUUCCGUAAUGCGCAGGACUUCAACUGGCCGGCCUACUCGGUGCCCAUUGUCAACGAGGUCGUCACUCCUAGAGUUGAGAAGCUUCCUAUCGAGACAGCCCAGUCCGUGUCCGGCAUUAUGCAGCUUCUGUCAACUUGGUCACAGCUGCCUAGGGCCGCACUUUUCAUCUCCAUCAACGACCAGAUCUUGCCAAAGGUCAUUGAGUGCUUGUCUGUAGUCAAGGGCAAGGAGAAUGUCAAGAUCUUCGCCUUGAGCAUUGUCCGUAACCUUGUCAAGCUGGCACAGGCUCCUGCUGGGGAGUCCGAGUUCAAUGAGCUUAUUCGAGCUGAACUCCUGGAUGCCAACAUGGAAUUGACGCUGAAGACCAUCGUCACCACCCUGGAGACGCAGACAAUGGGCAACGAACUGCUCGAGGCUUGCAUUGAGACGAUCGUGGAGUUGUCUCCGCUUGUCGAGACCUCUGCCAACGUGCAUGAGACGCUCAAGAUUGCCACCUUCCUUCUCAACCAGCCGCCCAGAAGAGUCAACCCCAGAGCCAAGGGCAAGAUUUUGCUCAUCCUCGAGCGCUUCAUCACCAUACUUGGCUCUGAAGAGGCAGAAGAGCAGACCGCCAACAUUGCCAUCUUCGAUACUCUGUCUUCCCUCUUCAGUUACUUCAAAGACAGGGACAACAGACAGGCACUGGCUCGCGUUCUUACCGCCCUUGCCGAGAAGGACAACACACUUCGGGAAGUUGCCGAAAUUUGCAGCGACCUUAACUCUUUCGCCAAGAACCGCAUCGACGAGCCAGACUAUGACAAGCGACUUGUGGCCUUCACCCGGAUCACAAACAAGGAAACACCCUUCAGUGUUAGGCAGUGGCUCCCUUUGCUACACAACCUGAUUUACUACAUCCGCUCGGAUGAGGAGUAUGGUAUUCUGGCCUCGAACUCUGCGGACUGUCUGCGCAAGUUCAUCAGGGAGGCGGCAUCUUGCUCUGAUCAGGCUGUCGAGGCCGGGUUUGAAUCCCAUUUGAAGACCAUUUUGUUGCCUUCCAUCUAUACUGGAGCUCGCGAGGAGUCCCCAACUGUCAGGAGAGAAUACCUUAGAGUGUUCGGCUACCUUCUAGCGCAAAUGCCCACGUGGGAGCCUGUUGCAGACAUGAAGGGGCUCUUGACUGGUGAACUUGCUGAGGAGACGUCCGAAUUGCCCUUCUUCUUCAACAUUCUCAGUCCUGCCACCUCCCGACAGCUGGAAGCCAUCCGGAUGCUCGACAGUGUCAACGACGGCUCAGAAAUUGGCAGCCAGAACCUCAGCCAGUUCUUUAUUCCCCUUCUCGAGCACUUCAUCUUUGGUCGCACAGAGGGAAGCGAUGACCAGGGUUUGGGUGCUCAAGCAACGAUCACGAUUGGUAACCUGGCACAGUCUCUGGAUUGGAAGCACUACCGCGUCAUCCUGCAGAGAUACAUCAGCUACGUCGAGUCCAAGCCCGACAACCAGAAGCAGGUCAUUCGACUGCUUGCCAAGUUCUGCGAUGCCCUCAUCUUUGCAGUUGGACAAGCGGCCGCCGAGCCAAUGCAGGUAGACGAUUCGGAGACGACCUCGCCUUCGGGCAAGAGACUGGUGCUCACCAAACCCCCACAAGACAAGCUCAGCAAGGACGUCAAUAACCUCUUCCUACCUUCGCUGAUCAAGCAUCUGCACGAGAAAGACGAGUCGGAGGUCAGUUACCGUGUGCCGGUUGGUGUCAUCAUCGUCAAGCUUCUCAAGCUUCUGCCGCUCGAAGAGAUGGGUCAGAAGCUUGCUGGUGUCCUCACAGACAUCUGCCACAUUUUGCGCAGCAAGUCUUGGGAGGCCCGUGAGAUGGCCAGAGAUACUCUCGUUCAGAUUGCAUCGGUGCUGGGCCCGACUUACUUCAGUUUCAUCCUGAAGGAGCUGCGGGGUGCUCUCAAGAGAGGCUACCAGCUUCACGUUAUGUCUUACACCCUUCACUCGAUGCUUCUCAAGAUCAUCCCGGAAUUCCAGCAGGGUGAUCUUGAUUACACUCUGCGGUCUAUUGUCUCAAUCAUCAUUGACGACAUCUUUGGAGUUACCGGUCAAGAAAAGGACGCCGAGGGUUACAUCAGUGAAAUGAAGGAGGUCAAGGCAAGCAAGAGUCAGGAUUCCAUGGAGCUCAUUGCCAAGUCAGCCUCCAUCAGCCAACUUGUCGUUCUCGUCCACCCUCUGCAGUCCCUGCUCCUGGAAAAGGUCGACCUCAAGCUGGUUCGCAAGAUCGACACGCUGUUGGCAAGAAUUACCGCUGGUCUCUUGCAGAACCCUGCGUCGGAGAGCCGUGACACUUUGAUCUUCUGUUACGAGGUUAUCCAAGAGGUCUACAAGAACCAGAAGACCGAGGUGCAGCCAAAGAUCGACUACCGCCUGAAGAAGUAUCUAUAUCAGAAGGGCGUCAAGAAAGACAACCACGGCACCGCUGGCAAGUACACCUUCAAGCUAGUCAAGUUCGCCUUCGACAUCCUGCGGUCUGUGUGGAAGAAGUACGACAGCCUGCGCACCGCAACGAACAUUGCUGGAUUUGUCCCCAUUCUCGGUGACGCCAUCGUAGGCGGAGAGGACGAUGUCAAGACUGCAGCCUUCAGGCUUCUCACAGUCCUGGUCAAGGUACCUUUCAACAACGACGAAGAUGUUCAGCUAUACAAGGUUGCGGUCAAGGAGGCGACGAAAAGCAUCUCGAUGUCAAGCUCAACCACCACCGAGCUUUCGCAGGCUGCUCUGAAGCUUCUCUCGGUUGUGCUGCGCGAGCGCAAGGAUAUCCCCGUCAAGGACGCAGCGAUUGAUAUGCUGCUCGGCAAGCUGAAGGACGAUCUAACCGAGACUCUUUACCGCCACGUUACUUUCAACUUCCUCCGCUCUGUGCUUGAGCGCAAGAUUGAGACUGCGGUAGUCUACGACACACUCGACUACGUUGGCACUGUCAUGAUCACCAACGACGAUAAGGAUACCCGAGACCUGGCUAGGGGGGCCUUCUUCCAGUUCCUCAAGGACUACCCGCAGAGGAAGGCCCGGUGGGUGAAGCAACUCAACUUUGUGGUCGCCAACUUGACUUACGAGCGCGAAGGCGGCCGUCUCUCCGUCAUGGAGGUCGUCCAUCUCCUGCUGAUGAAGUCCGCGGACGACUUUGUUCAAGAGGUCAUCUCAACUUGCUUCUUGCCUCUUGUCAUGGUGCUAGCCAACGAUGACAGCGAAAAGUGCUGUCUUGCCGCCGGCGAGCUUAUCAAAGAGAUGUUCCGCCGGGCCGACAAGGAGAGGACGCAGAACUUCAUGACUCUCCUUCGCUCGUGGCUUGAGCAAGAGGACAACCCUGCGGUGACGAAGCUGUCGCUGCAAGCUUUUGGCCUCUUCUUCGAGGCCAAGGAGCCUUCAUCUAAGCAUAGGAAGGAGUUGGAGCUGGUUCUCGGCAAGAUCGGCGAGAUUGUCGGAACCGGCGACAUCCGCGUCGCCGACGAAGACCUCAUCAACACUGUGCUCCACGAUGUUCAGGUUCUUACGGAGAAGUACCCCGCAAGGCUGCUGUCUUCCGAAGCCAAGGAACUCUGGGGUGAUGUCCGUGGCUGCCUGGUUCACCCUGAGAACUCGGUCAAGCUGAGCACCACCAAGGUGCUGAGCACGUUCCUCGCCGACUUCGCUGGCAAAUCCAACAAGCCGGGAGAAGCACUAAAGGGUUCGCAUGGCCUGGACCUCGAGGUCGAGGACCUCGAGGAGCUUGUCAGACUUACUCUUUACGCCCUGAGAACCCCCGAGAUUGACGACGCCCUCGCUGCGGAGAUUACCCAGAUCCUCAUCUUCCUCGGCCCUCGCCUGCCCGUCAAGGUGCAGAGCGUACCGGAAGCCGAGACGCUGGGAGACCGCGACGAGACAACUGCGGAGGAGGACAGAAUCGAUGAGCACCGCAAGGACCUCCAGUACCUGUUCUGGAAGCUCUCGUCGAUCCUGCGCAGGGACGUGCGCCCCAAGUCUACCGCCAUCACUCCCAAGACGGUGGCCAUGGAGGUGCUGGAGACCAUCUGCCGCCGUGUGCCGCAGGAUAAUCUCGAGCCGUCGUUCAAGACGAUACUCUACCCGCUACAGAACCUCACGGACCCCAAUAUCCCCGUGCCCUUCUCGACGGACGACCUCUUCAAGACCCGGCUCGAGACGCUCAAGACGAGGGCGCAGAUCCUCAUGGACUCGCUGCAGAAGAAGUUCGGCACCGCCGAGUACACCAAGCAGCUGCUGGCCAUCAGGGAGGAGGUGCGCACGCGGAGGCAGCAGAGGUCCAGCAAGCGCAAGAUCGAGGCCAUCGCGCACCCGGAGAAGUACGGCAGAGACAAGAGGAAGAAGACGGAAAAGAAGAAGGAGAGGAAGAAGGUCAGGAGCCACGAGCACAAGCAGUUCAGACAGGCGUACAAGGGGUGGUAA